AUGAAAGAGCCAAAAUAUUUGUUGAGCCGAGGAGAUGAGAUAAAAAAGCAAUUGGAUUUGACUGAUGAUCCAUCGAAACCCCAAAAAGAGCAGGACGCCGGAGUGUUAAUUCUGCUUCACGACGACGGAGAAUCGGAAAUCAAAGUGUUGUUGUGUGUGCGAAGUCUUCAGAUGAGAAGACAUCCUGGAGAGGUCUGUUUUCCGGGUGGAAUGAUGGAUGAUGAAGAUGGAAAUGAUGUCCGUCGGACGGCGAUUCGAGAAGCUUACGAGGAAGUUGGAAUCAAGGAAACGGAAGAUUAUGUGGUUCUUGGAAAUCUUCCAGCGUUUCGAGCUCGAUUUGGAAUACUUAUUCAUCCUACGGUGGCCUUGUUGAGAAGACGUCCAACCUUCUCCCUAAGCCAAAACGAGGUGGAUUCAAUAUUUUGGAUUCCAUUAUCCGAAUUUUUAGAUUCCACUUUUCAUUCGACGUUCGCAGUGGAGAAGUAUUAUAUGGUUCAUAUGUUUCAGUUUGAGGAGUACCCUCUCACCUAUGGAAUCACUGCUUUGAUGUGUAUUAUUGUGGCAAUUGGAAUUUUGGAAAAAGUGCCAAAUUUCAGUUUGAUGUCAAAUUUAACACUGGAAAUCAUGAAGGAACAACAAUUGAGCAGUUUGAAAAUCAUUCGACAUGUCUAUCAGUUUUCUGGCAACAAAUCGGCAUCGCACACGCCGUCGAUGCUUGUGAACGCCAAGAAAUAUCUCUCCGAUCGACCACAGCUUUUAGAUUGUCCACGUUGCAAGAAUCACGGCGAAACGGAGCUUCGUUUCGUCAACGGCUUCUUCACCUACCUGUCGUUCUUCGUCAUCCUCAUCUUCGGAGUCACCAUCCUCCCACUCUUCUUCCUCUGGGUCCCAUUCUGUGUUGAAACAUUCAAAGACGCCGAACACUACUGUCCAUCGUGCCGCGCCUGGAUCGGAACCUACAGACGUUUGGGAAAAUCCACUUAA